GUGGUGCGGGAACACUACCUGCGCGACGACAUUCCCUGUGGCGCACUGCCCUGCGCCAAGUCGCCCGCCACCGCCUGCGACAAAGAAUCCGCUCGCCUCUCGCCUAAUAACGAAACCAUCCUCGUUAUAGACACCAACGUCGCCCUGCACCAGAUUGAUCUGUUGGAGAAUGCGGCGAUCAGCAACGUGGUGGUGCUGUCGGUGGUACUGGAGGAGGUGAAGAGUCGCAACGUGGCGGUGUAUGGGCGCCUCAGGGCGCUCGUGGCGGAGGAAUCACGCCGCUUCUUUGUCUUUUCUAAUGAGCACCACAAGGACACGUACAUCAAGGCGGAUCCAGGGGAGAGUCCCAACGACAGGAAUGACCGAGGUCAGAAGGCCGCGAUUUCCUCGCCUUCCCCUCUUGCUUUUCUCCCUUCAUCAUUCGCGAUUCACCCUCUCUCCCCUCGCUCUCCCAUUGUCUCACACACCCUGUCUUACCCCCCCCCUUACCCCCUCUCCACGUCACUUACUUCUCGUCCUUUCUUUCCUCCCACAAAACCCUGCCUCUCUCUCACCUCUCCGCUUGCAGCCAUUCGGGUGGCAGCGCAGUGGUACCAGCAGCAUCUGGGCGGCAAAGUGCCGGUCGUGCUCAUAACAGACGACAAAGCCAACCUGGCAAAGGCGGUGGCGGGCGGCACAAAAUCCAUGAGAGUGCGAGAGUAUGUGGCGUCGCUAGGGAGUGUAGAGCUCAUGGAUCUGGUUGUUAGUGCGGGGGAUGGGGAGGAGGCGGAAGGAGGGGAGGGAGGGGAGGGGGAUAAGGCGGCGAGGGAGGAGGAGAAUCGGGGGCUUCGGACGAACGUGUCUCGCAGCAAGAGGAAGAGAAUCUACUCUGAUGUGAGUGGGCAAGCUGAGGCUGAGCGGCUGCAACAGUACUGUCAACCACUCCUUUCCCCUGAUGUUCCCCCCUGUCCUUUCACCCAGCACAAGCCCAUGUCAGCCAUAACAGUGGGGUUGCAGCGGGGCCUGUACCACCAGGGCAAGCUACGACACAAGCCCAUGUCAGCCAUAACAGCGGGGCUGCAGCGCGGGCUGUACCAUCAGGGCAAGCUGCGCCACAAGCCCAUGUCAGCCAUAACAGCGGGGCUGCAGCGCGGGCUGUACCAUCAGGGCAAGCUACGCGUGAGCCGCUACAACUGCUUCGAGGCGUUUGUGGGAUCCGAGUCGCUGGGGGACGAGAUCCUCGUUAUAGGCAGAUGCGAUAUGAACCGCGCCGUGGACGGGGAUGUGGUGGCGGUGGAGCUGCUGCCGCGGGAUCAGUGGAAGGAGCCGACGAGUGGGGCGCUGAGGGAGAGGGAGGAUGAUCAUGACGAUGCUGCUGCGGAGGAGCAGGGCGAGGAGGACUCAGUGGGUCUGCCCCCCGCCUCGGCAGACGAUGCACCUUCCACUCUCUCCUCUGCUGCUGCUGCGCUCUCCCUGGAUAAGGAGGGGGACGGCAAGGAGGAGGGGGGUGGCGGAGGAGGGGGGAAGGACGGGGGAGGGGGAGAGGGGGGAAAGGGGCCAUCUGAGCUGGCAAGGCCAACGGGGCGGGUGGUGGGGAUAAUCAAACGCAACUGGCGCACCUAUGCGGGUUCCCUCGCCCCCAUGCGCACGCCCCCGGCAUCAGCAGGGGCGUUGGUGCGCGCCCUCUUCGUCGCUGCCGACCGCAGGGUGCCGCGCAUCCGUGUGGAGACAAGGCAGGCCGCCCAGCUGAUGGGCAAGCGAAUCCUGGUGGCCAUUGACAGCUGGCAGCCCGACAGCGCGUUCCCCUCGGGGCACUACGUGAAGACGCUGGGGGAUAUUGGCGACAGGGAGACAGAGAGCGAGCUGCUCCUAAUGGAAAACGACAUUGAUGCGCGCCCCUUCUCGCAGCAAGUGCUGGCGUGCCUGCCGCCGCUCCCCUGGUCCGUGUCUCCUGCAGACGUCACAGACCCCAAGACCAAGAGGGAGGACCUGCGCCACGUGCGUGUGUUCAGUGUGGACCCCAUCGGGUGCCGGGAUAUCGACGACGCGCUGCACUGCGUGCCGCUCCCCAAUGGCAACUUCGACGUCGGCGUUCACAUAGCAGAUGUGACCAACUUUGUGCUGCCGGGCACGCCACUACUCGUCGAGGCAUCCCAGCCAGACAUAGCGGAUGUGACCAACUUUGUGCUACCGGGCACGCCACUGGACGUGGAGGCAUCGCAGCGCGGCACAUCUGUGUAUCUCGUGGAGCGCCGCAUAGACAUGCUGCCCAAGCCCUUGACUGAAGACAUCUGCUCCCUACGUGGCGGUGUGGAGCGACUCGCCUUCUCCUGUAUUUGGGAGAUGACUUGUGAAGCAGAGAUCGUAUCGGUGCGAUUCACCAAGAGUGUUAUCAAAUCUGCUGCUGCGCUGUCCUAUGUGGAGGCACAGGCUCGCAUGGAUGAUGAGCGCAUGCAUGAUGACCUCACAAGGGACCUUCGCAACCUCAACCGCCUUGCCAAGGUGAUGAGGCAGCGGCGCAUAGACAGGGGAGCACUGACACUGGCAUCACCGGAAGUGAAGUUUGAGAUUGACACCGAGACACACGACCCCCUUGACGUUGGCAUGUACCUGGUGCGGGAGGCCAAUCACAUGAUAGAGGAGUUCAUGCUGGCAGCCAAUGUGUCCGUAGCUGACAAGAUCCUCCAGCACUUCGCCUCCUGCUCGCUGCUCAGGCGGCACCCCACCCCGUCGCCCAACAUGUUUGAGCCGCUGCUGCGCACAGCAGAGGCGGUGGGGAUUGCAGUUGACACCUCCUCCUCCAAGAAUCUUGCUGACUCGCUUGACCGCGCUGUGGGCCCUGACCCCUACUUUAACAAGCUUAUCCGAAUCCUCACCACUCGCUGCAUGACUCAGGCGGUGUAUUUUCCCAGCGGCCAGCUCGCCCCUGCAGAGUACCACCACUACGGCCUCGCAGCCCCCAUCUAUACCCACUUCACUUCCCCCAUCCGUCGCUACGCUGACGUGGUGGUGCAUCGCCUGCUGGCUGCAGCCAUAGGGUUGACACCGCUGCCGGAUCAGACCAAGGAUAAGACUGCACUCACCGCCCUCACUGACAACCUCAACUAUCGCAACCGCAAUGCUCAGAUGGCGGGGCGAGCAUCAGUGGAGCUUCACACGCUCAUAUUCUUCCGCACUCGCCCAACGGAUGCGGAGGGUCGGAUAGUGAUGGUCCGCUCCAAUGGGCUGAUCGUCUUCGUGCCCAAGUAUGGCAUCGAGGGACCAGUCUAUCUCGUACCCAAGGAACCUCACAAGGGGAAAGCUGCUGCAGUUGCUGCUGCCAACAAGCUCGAUGGGAAUGCACCAUCUAGUGACUGGGUGGUGGAUGAGAAGUCGCAGACGGUAGAGUCGAAAGACGGGAAGCGGCGAUUUAAGGUGUUGGAUACAGUGACUGUGCACAUUGAGGUCAUUGAGCCGCAGCCCAAUCGGCCCAAGCUGUCACUGACGUUAGUGAGCCAAUGA